AUGCAAUUCAAAAAGACUCUAGCUGCCUCCGCUUUGGCCACUUCCUCUCUAGCUGCCUACGUUCCAUCUGAUCCAUGGACCACUUUGACCCCAGAUUCUACUUACAAAGGUGGUUUGACUGAUUACGCUUCUACCUUCGGUAUUGCUGUUAUUCCAAUCACUACUUCCGUCUCUACCGUCUCUACUGGUACUGCUACUUCUACUUCUGCCAAGACUACCGCUACCACCACUUCCAAGGCUAAGAGAGACGUUGCUGCUAUCUCUCAAAUCGGUGAUGGUCAAAUUCAAGCUACCACCAAGACUACCGCUCAAGCCGUCUCUCAAAUCGGUGAUGGCCAAAUCCAAGCUACCACCAAGACUACCGCUCAAGCCGUCUCUCAAAUUGGUGAUGGCCAAAUCCAAGCUACCACUCAAACUUUGAAGCCAACUUCUAAGACCACUGCUCAAGCUGUCUCUCAGAUCGGUGAUGGUCAAAUCCAAGCUACCACCAAGACUACCGCUCAAGCUGUCUCUCAAAUCGGUGAUGGUCAAAUCCAAGCUACCACCAAGACUACCGCUCAAGCUGUCUCUCAAAUCGGUGACGGUCAAAUCCAAGCUACCACCAAGACUACCGCCGCUGCUGUCUCUCAAAUCGGUGACGGUCAAAUCCAAGCUACCACCAAGACUUCUGCCACUGCUGCUUCUCAAAUCAGCGACGGUCAAGUCCAAGCUACCACCAAGACCGGUUCUUCCACUGCUUCCACCAGCUCUUCAAAAGCGACUGACUCUACCGACCCAGUCACUGCUCAAUCCUGUAAGAACAACGGUACUUUGUCCAUGACUUUGAAAGACGCUGUUCUAACAGACGGUAGCGGUAGAUUAGGUUCCAUUGUUGCUAACAGACAAUUCCAAUUCGAUGGUCCACCACCACAAGCUGGUGCCAUCUAUGCUAAGGGUUGGGCUUUGACUCCAGAAGGUAACUUGGCUCUAGGUGACAGUGAUGUCUUCUACCAAUGUCUAUCAGGUGAAUUCUACAACUUGUACGAUGAAUCCAUUGGUGACCAAUGUAGUGCAGUCCACUUGCAAGCCAUCGAUUUGGUUGACUGUUAA